CUUCAGUUUUCAUCGUCAGGGGUGAAACUGCUCACUGGCUUUUGGUGAUUUUGUGACAAUAUUUGAAAAGUUCGAUUUUGUUGAAACGACCGGGACACGUGUAAACUCAAGCACAGGGGCGUUUCGGUCCCCGAUUAACGCUCCAUGAUCACGGUCACAUAUAGCUGGACAGAGCGCACAAGACGAAGGGUUUAGUGUUUAACAGACAUGAUCUAGUUCUGUUUGUUCUGACAACUGAGUAGGAAAGAAGUUUGAGGUUCGGAUGAGUGAGGCGAUGCGGCCACGGCACGACAAAACCCAUAGGAACAUAAGGUUUCUACUCUUAUGCCUCGCAGUGGUCAUCCUUGCACCAAGAGUAGACGCAGGCGGUGAGAAGCACAGCGGCCCCUGUGGAGGGAGGGACUGCAGCGGAGGGUGCAAAUGCUUCCCGGAGAAGGGCGCCAGGGGCAUGCCUGGCCCUCUCGGCCCCCAGGGGUCCCAGGGGCCGCUGGGUAGAGUAGGGGAGGCUGGCGUCGAGGGUCACAAGGGGGAAAAGGGAGACCGCGGACGAGGAGGCUUCAUCGGGCUCAAAGGAUCUGUGGGCAUGACCGGUGUUCCGGGGUUUUCCGGUAACGACGGCAUUCCUGGUCACCCGGGGCAGGCGGGGUCGAGGGGGAAGCCCGGUGCCGACGGCUGCAACGGAACACGCGGAGACUCUGGAACGUUGGGGCAACCAGGCUACGACGGACCACCGGGAUAUAACGGCCAGCCGGGGAGGAAGGGAGAGAUGGGAGAACCCCCCAAUCGGAGGGACACUAUGGAGCGUUUCAGGGGAGACCCAGGACAACCGGGUUUUCCUGGCUUGAUUGGUCCUCUGGGUAUUCCCGGCUUUCCCGGCUCCAAGGGCUUUAUAGGACCACAGGGCCCCGUAGGUUUCCAAGGCCCCAAAGGAGUCAAGGGCCCUAUGACCACAGUGCUGAAAGGACUGAAGGGAGACUCAGGGGAAAACGGGGAUCAAGGACCUCCGGGCAACUCCACCCACGAACUGAUCCAGCCCACCGACGAGAACCGCGGAAGUAAGGGUGAGAAGGGACUGAAAGGUGAAAGUGGUGAUCUGGCUGACAACCAAGGAGAAGUGGGUGUCAUGGGGUUCCCUGGAACACGGGGUCUCCCCGGUCAAAAUGGUCAACCCGGGCCCAGGGGUGACGCAGGUGAACCAGGUUAUCAUGGGAUAGAUGGUCAGAAGGGGGCCACCGGCGAUCCCGGACCAGUGCUCUCAAGUGGACUUUUCAACUGGGGGCGUGAGCAAGCCGGUCCCGCAGGCCCCUAUGGGGAGCUGGGUCCACAGGGGGAGACGGGGCAGAUUGGGGAAAAGGGCGUGCCUGGUCGCCCGGGACGACCAGCCAGUGGUCAACAGCAAGUGAGUCUGUUUGGUGCGUUUGGACCUAAGGGCUUUCAAGGAGAGGGAGGCCCAGAUGGAGAGUCAGGAAUCCCAGCCUCCAAACCGGGACCUCGAGGCUUCGAUGGCUUGCCUGGGUUCAGAGGGCCUCAGGGACCCAAAGGGUCAUGGGAAGAGCACUUCAGAGGACCCCCAGGGGGAAGAGGCCGUCCAGGUUUUGCCGGCGUUAAAGGAUAUAAAGGUGACCAUGGCCUGUGUGAGUGUAGUAUUGCCAGCUCUCCCCCAGGCCGGCCGGGCCCUGCUGGUAACCGUGGCGACCCCGGGAUGAGGGGCGAGUUUGGUCAGCUGGGCGACUCUGGGGAACCUGGACCCAGAGGCGGAUCAGGACUUCCUGGGUUCCCAGGGAUCUCUGGAUUGCCAGGGACAAAGGGCAUAAAGGGCCCAACUACAGAGGCCAAACUAAAAGGUUAUCCUGGUGAACCUGGGGAUCCAGGCCCCGCUGGCCAGACAGGCGUCCAGGGGGUUCCGGGGCGGAGUGGAAGUUUUGGCUUCCCUGGGGUUCGUGGUACUCCGGGCGACGGUCCAGUUGGAGAGCUGGGAGCUAAAGGCUUCCAAGGCCAGCCGGGUCAGCCUGGUCUGCCAGGGCUGGCUGGAGAACCCGGAAGGGUUUUAGGCUCCUCUAAAGGCAUCGCAGGGUUGCCAGGCGAUGCUGGAGAACCGGGUUUUAACGGUGUUGCUGGACUUCCUGGGAUCCCAGGAAGCUGUAUAUCCAGAGGAGGUGGAGGACAGAAUGCAACAGGCGACUGUGAUGCUGUCCCGGGUCCCCCCGGACAACCCGGACAGCCUGGACCAAUCGGGUUGGAAGGUAUCACAGGCCCUCCAGGACAGAAGGGCUCGGGGGGGGCUUUUGGGCCGGAUGGAUCCAAGGGUGAGGCAGGAGAGCAAGGCAGAGGAGGGCUACAAGGAAGACCAGGUUUCGUUGGCCCCCGUGGGGACCUGGGCCAGCCCGGGUCAAAGGGCGCGGUGGGAUCGCCGGGGGGGUCAGGCCGUACGGGUCGGGACGGGGAUACCGGGGAGAAGGGUUCUCACGGGGAGAUCUUUGGGGCCUCCACUGGAUCCCCUGGAGAGCCAGGCCUGCCCGGCCAGCAGGGGCUCAUAGGCUUCCCAGGAGACCCUGGCAAUAAGGGGUUCUCAGGGAUGGGUGGCAUGCCAGGCAUGAUUGGCUUUAAGGGACAGACAGGUCCUCCAGGCCUGCAGGGGGAGGAGGGCAGACCGGGCCCUGCUGGGACAUAUGGAUUUCCUGGUUUUCCAGGACAACCAGGCCUCCCCGGGCCCUCUGGAGUCUCUGGACAACCAGGUGUGACGGGUGAGAGGGGUACUCAAGGGGAUCCUGGAAGCCCAGGACUUUCAAGAGGACCGAAAGGGACCCAUGGGGGUUUUGGAGAAGAGGGGCCCAAGGGCCAGGAUGGGCGCCAGGGGGACCCGGGAAAUCCAGGCCACUCUGGGAAUCCAGGUCUGCCAGGAUACAAGGGUAUCAAGGGGUCACGUGGCAUGCCUGGGUUCGGAGGCAUGCCAGGCAACCUGGGGCAGAAAGGUUUCUCUGGGCAUAAGGGAGAGCCAGGUGUACCUGGGCAGACAGGCUACAAGGGCACCGAAGGCCAGUCUGGGAUCAAAGGUGACCGAGGUCUAGUUGGGCCGCCAGGCGACAAGCCUCACAUUCCUCGCCAAAUCAUUCAAGACAUGAAGGGAGCCAAGGGCGACUUUGGAAAAGUUGGAGAUCCAGGCUUCAUUGGAUCCAGAGGUCCAAAAGGUGUUCUCGGAGUUCCAGGGCGCGAUGGUUAUUACGGUCUCCCUGGAGAUCCCAGCGAUGUAAAGGGUCACCAGGGCGACCCGGGGGCACAGGGACUUCCUGGUCACAAGGGAUUGCCUGGAACACCCGGACCCCCAGGAAUUUCAGGCUUCCAGGGCAUGCCUGGCCACAGGGGAGAUAAAGGACACACUGGUUCCUAUGGACACACAGGAGAUUCAGGUGUAAAGGGUGUCAAAGGUGAGGAUGGCCUUCGUAUAGAUCUUCCUGGAUCCACGGGACUGAGAGGAGAGCUCGGUUUCAAGGGGUCAAAAGGCCAGAAGGGUUUCGGUGGACAGACAGGUGACAGGGGAGGCCCUGGUUUCCAUGGCAUCGAGGGCAAAAAGGGGGGCCCGGGGGAGCCUGGUGAAGGAGGACUGCAUGGCCCUGACGGGCAGCUUGGUUCCCCUGGUAACCAAGGUCAGAAAGGCUGGCCAGGUGUUCCCGGAGAUCCUGGGACACAUGGAACACCUGGCUACAACGGACAGAGAGGUUUCCCUGGUCUCAAAGGGAUAUUUGGAUUGGAUGGUCUAAAGGGCCAGAAGGGCAUUCCUGGCAUCGCAGGUCUGGAUACGUACGGACCAGCUGGCAACACUGGGCCCAGUGGGGAAAGAGGAGAGACAGGAGAUCCCAACACAGAAGUGGGUGUUCCUGGCACUGUGGGCCUGAAAGGCGUCCAAGGACCACCAGGUGACGAGGGCCAGCCUGGCCCCCCUGGUUUCAGUGGGCCCCAAGGUCCAGAGGGGACCCCCGGCAGACUCGGACCCUCUGGAGACCCUGGUUUCCCUGGCCGACAGGGCUUCCCAGGUUUCCCGGGCCAGAGGGGUGUUCCGGGCCAGUCCUCCUCACUGGGAGAGAAAGGUGUUCUCGGUCAGAGUGGAUUCCCAGGGUUCCCUGGUCAUAAAGGCCACAAAGGAGACCAAGGGCCGCAUGGAUACAGGGGGCAGAGUGGCAUUUCUGGGAAGAAAGGAGUCAAAGGAGAGCAAGGAAUGAUGGGACUUCCUGGUAGGUCAGGUACCCAGGGCAACCCAGGGCCAAGCGGCCCGAAAGGAAACACUGGACCCACUGGUUUCCCUGGUGCCCAAGGUAACCAGGGCCCCGUCCCGCUGCCCCCUAGAGUGCCAGGAGAGAGGGGCCCCCCAGGGCCAAAAGGCAUCCUGGGACCACAGGGGUCACAUGGGGAAUCAGGGCCAAAGGGACCCGCUGGAAAUCCAGGGCUCAUAGGUCCCCAGGGGCAAAGGGGCAUGCCAGGAGUAGGGGGUCGACCAGGUAUCCCGGGGUUCCGUGGAGAGUUUGGUCCGCCGGGACGCCCUGGUCUGCAGGGCCAGGAAGGUUACCGUGGCAUCCCUGGUAUCACUGGGUUACCCGGCAUGCCUGGUCGCAGCGUGAGUGUUGGUUACCUGCUGGUGAAGCACAGCCAAUCAGAUACGACAACUAUGUGUCCGGACAGCAUGGCCAAGCUGUGGGAUGGGUACAGUCUACUAUACUUCGAAGGCCAGGAGCAGGCCCACAAUCAGGACCUGGGUCUGGCUGGCUCCUGCUUGCCUCGGUUCAACACCAUGCCCUUCCUGUACUGUAACCCUGGAGACGUAUGCUAUUACGCCAGCCGCAAUGACAAAUCCUAUUGGCUGUCCACCACCGCACCUCUGCCCAUGAUGCCGGUGGAGGAGGAGGGGAUCAAGCCUUAUAUCAGCCGCUGUACAGUGUGCGAAGCGCCGUCGGUCGCCAUCGCUGUCCACAGCCAGGACAUCACCAUCCCACAAUGCCCUGUGGGCUGGCGCAGCCUUUGGAUUGGCUACUCCUUCGUAUUGCACACAGCGUCGGGUAACCAGGGUGGAGGCCAGUCCCUGUCAUCUCCUGGCUCCUGCCUGGAGGACUUCCGCACCACGCCGUUCAUCGAGUGUAACGGUGCCAAGGGCACCUGUCAUUACUUUGCCAACAAGCAGAGCUUCUGGAUGACCUCCAUAGACCAGUCCUUCCAGGAGAAACCAGCCCCUGAGACCUUGAAAGCGGGCCAGCUGCUUUCCCGCAUCAGCCGUUGCCAGGUCUGCAUGAAGAACCUGUGACCUAAGACUGAUCCGCACCUCCUGUCUAAACAUUUGACCCUGUGAUGUCAGCAGCUGUGAGAGAACCUUAGUGAUAUGAUUUAUUGUGACAGUGUAUCCUUCUGGGUAGGUUUUGCCCUAGGGACUAGUUUGUUGGGACUAAAUCAGAUCCUAGAUCCUUGAUCUGUGCCUAUCAAUUAGAGGGAGGUCUGAAAGCUGGGCUGAGGUCAGUGACUGGGGAAAACUUCCACCCUGCUCCUCCAACACUGCAUGUAGACCCCAGGACUGUGUGAGUGAUGAGGCUUGCAGAGCCUUAGUCCCCUGUAGAUACAAACUCCAACAUGAAGUCAACAACAGAAAUACAAAAUUAAUGUUUUUGCCAGUGUUUUUUUUUAUAUAUAUAUAUGUUUGAGAUGGUGCUUACUCUCUAACUUAUUACCUCAGCAACUAUGUUAUACACCAACGAUGUUUAACUGAUCACAUUUAGAACAUACAGCUGAAUAAACCAAAGAUGCCCAUGUGUAUGCACUGCUUUGAACACUACUCAUUUAUAUAGUAUGCUGAUGUUUUCUUCAGGCGUAAUGCAUUAGACAAUACCACUAACAAACUGCAUCCUUUAGUUUUUUUAUAAUCACUUGAAGCAGGAAGAACUCUCAAAAAGAUACACUGAUCUUAAUUUUGUAAACUUGGCAUAUAUACAUUUGUUUUUCACAUGCAAAAUGCACUGAUUGUCCUGUAUUUAUAUCUUCUAAAUGAACUUGAUUUUAUUUUCAUGCUCAGAACUAGAAACAUUCAUGAGACCCAGUCCUGCCCACAAACGUACACCACAUGACUUCUGUCCCGUUUCCAACUUGUCUUCUACAAACAGUGAGAGCUGAAACAGCACACGAGAGUGUAAACAAGCUUGAUCAAAGGUCUAAUCUCCGAUUUGUGAUUAAAGCUGUGCUUUGCUUUGUCAGCAGCCCUUAUUCAGUUCAGCAUACUUUUCUAAAGUGUCAGAAGUUGCUGAAUUGUGCCACUUAAAACAUUAGUUAUUUUACUCUUUAUAGUUUUUUUAACUUUUACAGUAAUUUAACAAUAACAAAAUAAAUGUAUGUUUAUGAUAAAUAAAUGUUGUUUGGGUAUUUUGAUUCA